AAUUCAAACAAAUUUUUUUUUAUCGAUGUUUCGUCGCUUGUUCGCUUGUGUUCUAAAUUUUUAUUCAAAGGAUUUUGUAAAUAAAAACAUCGUCAGGCGACAUUUCAUUCAACAAUUUAGUUGAAAUAAUGUAGAUAAGUUUAAAUAUUUGGUAGAAAUGGUGGAUAUAAAUAAGUAUCUUGAAAAUCAACUUGCUUUGGCUAAGAAACAUACUAUACACAAGGUCGGCAGAUCUAAUGAUGUUUCAGAAAUAAGUAGAACUGCCGCUGAAAAAAUAUCUAGAAAGGAGGACAAACAAUUAUUUAAGAAAAACCGCAAAAUUAAUAAAGAAUCUUCAAUACAAGUAUGCACAGAAGUUGAACAACCAAGUACUUCAAAAAAUAAGAAUGAAGACGACGAGAGCGAUUACCUUCCGUCGUGUGAUGAAGAUGAUGAUGAGGCAACUGUACCAAGUCUGCCAUCUACAUCGCGACCCAAGAAGAAUUUAAAGAAAAUCGUAGAUGACGGUGACCGAAAUUCGUACGACAACAGGAUAAAAGAAUGGAGGGAAAACUUAGAGGCAGCACGCACCGGUAAUCUAGUAAAUGAGUCUCAUUCUGCUGACAUUCAAUAUUUGCUAGAUGGAAAUAAAGACGUUGAGAAGUUUCAACAUCUGGACCAAGGUUUGCGCAUUCCUAUAUUUGUUUGGAAGCAACUUUAUAAGUACCAAAGGACAGGAGUGAAAUGGUUGUGGGAAUUGCAUCAAGUGCAAUCUGGAGGAUUGUUGGGUGAUGAAAUGGGUUUAGGCAAAACUGUUCAAAUAAUUGCAUUUUUAGCAGGAUUAUCAAACACUGAUUCUGGGAUUUGGGGUGGACUUGGCCCAUCUAUUAUUGUAGCCCCGUGUACUGUCAUUUACCAGUGGGUUUCACAUUUCCACUACUGGUGUCCAUAUCUUCGAAUAGCAGUUCUGCACAACUCUGGAUCUCAUUCAGGGAACCAUAAUAAACUCAUUCGUGAUAUUCAUCACUCCCAUGGAAUUUUAUUAAUAACUUAUGCUGGAGUUGUUAAAUAUUCAAAAGAUCUGCUAGGUCAUAAAUGGCAUUAUAUUAUUUUAGAUGAGGGCCACAAAAUAAGAAAUCCUGACACUCAAGUCAGUAAACAUGUUAAGAAAUUUGAUACUCCACAUAAACUGUUGAUAACAGGUUCUCCCAUGCAGAACAGCUUACAAGAAUUAUGGUCAUUGUUUGAUUUUAUGAGCCCUGGGCUACUUGGGACUCACCAUGCAUUUAUGGAAUAUUUUGCAAAUCCUAUAACCCAGGGAGGUUAUGCAAAUGCUACAGAGCUUCAGGAAGCAACAGCUUUGGAAAUAGCAAUUGCACUGAAAAAAUUAAUCACCCCUUAUAUGCUCCGAAGAACAAAAGCAGAGGUUCAAGAGCACAUAAAGUUGCCUGAGAAAAAUGAACAAGUCUUGUUUUGUGCCCUUUCAGAAGAACAAAGAGAUUUGUAUAUGGGGUAUCUUAUGGGAAGUACUGUCAGAAGUAUUUUGGAUAAAGAGAGCAGAUAUGGGGAUCCUAUUCGUGCCAGAGUGUUAGUAGCUCUGUCUACUUUAAGGAAAAUAUGUAAUCAUCCAGAUUUGUAUCUUUAUGAAAUAGAAGAAGACCAAGCAGUUUUGAAUGAUUCAUUUGGUCAUUGGAAGAGAUCAGGGAAAAUGACAGUUGUGAAUUCUCUGUUGAAGAUAUGGCAAAAACAGGGUCACAGAACACUUAUUUUCUCUCAAUCCAGAGCAAUGAUAUGUAUUUUAGAGCAAUUUUUACAAAACCAUAACUAUAAGUAUCUCAAAAUGGAUGGCACUGUGAUAGUUAGCCAGAGACAAAAUUUGAUUAAAACAUUCAAUGAAAAUCCAGAAUAUUUAGUGUUUCUGUCAACUACAAGAGUUGGAGGUCUUGGAGUUAAUUUAACUGGUGCUGACAGAGUGAUAAUAUAUGACCCAGAUUGGAACCCAGCCACUGAUAAUCAAGCAAAAGAGAGAGCUUGGAGAAUUGGGCAGGAGAAGAAUGUCACUGUUUACAGAUUACUUUCUGCUGGAACAAUUGAAGAAAAAAUAUAUCAGAGGCAAAUUUUUAAACAUUUUCUGAGUAACAGAAUACUUGUAGAUCCUAACCAGAAAAAUGUUUUGACAACAAGUACAUUGCAGGGUUUGUUCACCUUAGAUGAACCUAAUCACGAUGGUGACACUGAAACUGCAUCAUUAUUUAAACACACUAAGGUAAAUAUGGACAACAAUCACAAAAAAGAUAACAGUGGAGGAAUUUCCAAUUCAAAAAAGAAAAUUGAAGCAAUGAAAAGAAUGGCUAAAGAAAUAAGUAAAAGAAUAUCAAAGAAUGUACAAACACCUAGUACUUCAGUGGCAGAGGUAGAUCCAAGAGAAAGGUAUAAGAGAAAAAGGGAACUUUUGUUGAAUCCCCCAAAGGCUCCUCCAGAGCUAGAAAUAAAUCUGAUGGAUGAUAAAAUAACCACAGAAACAUUUGACAAUGUUAUGUCUGAAUUGGAUAUAAUAAAUAUGCAUGCAAAAGAAAAUUAUGAAGAAAAUCUUAUACAAGAAGUGCUUAGCAAACAAAAUAAAGAUAAUGAAAAAGAUGAUAAUAAUAGUUCUACAGAAAUCUGCAAUGAAAGCAAAGAAGAAGGUGAGAUAAAUAGUGAUAGUGAAUCUAGAAGUAAUAAAAACAAUUUAGUAGGUGACAGUGGUAGUAGUGAUAAAAUUUCAGAUAUAAAUCAUGGUAAGCAGUUAGAGGGCUUACCAGAUCAAGCUGAAGCUUCAUAUGAUGAUAGUCUAAAAAAGACUAAAAAUCAUCAUGGUAAAAAUAGAGAUAAGAAACGAAAAAGGAAAGAUUCUUCUGUAUCUGAAACAGAGAUAGACAGUUUGCUAGCUGUAAAAAAAGUUAAGAGGAAAAAACACAAACAUAAUAAGGAAGAGAAAUCAAAAAAUGAUGACGAUUAUGUAUUAAAUAAACUUUUCGCAAAAGCGUCUGUAAAGAGUGCAUUGCAACAUGAUGCUGUGGUUGGUCUAGCCGAAAAAGAAAAGAGGCUCAGAUUAAAAGAAGAAGCAUCGAAAGUUGCUAAAACUGCUGUAAGAGCCAUUAAAUUUUCAUCCUCAAAUAAGCUGAAGAAAACUGUUCAAGUUCUUUAGAAAUGUUGAAUUUUAAUAUUUUUUGUAAGACUAAUAAAAAAAGUGUUUAUAUU